AUGAAAUUUACCAGUGAUAAUGAAAAUUUUAAAUUCUUUGAAAUACCAGUUCCUGAUGAGAUAGACAUGAAACCAACUUAUGAAACAGCUUGUCAAUUAUUCAGUAAUAAUUCUAAAUCUGUACUUAAGAACCUCAGUCAAUCAUUUUUAAUGGAUAAAUCAAAAUGGAUUUUACCAAUUUUCAAGUUGCACACUGAUGAAGAUGAAACUAUGUUUCGAAGAACAAAAACACUGCCAAGUAGUAAACUGGAUGAAUUAUUUAUUCAUGAAGUAAAUAAAUACAAAAAACGAAAUGAAAAAGUUGAAAAUAUAUCAGUUGACAAUUUUAAUGAAAAAUAUGAGAAAACUUUAGCAGAAUUAAAAAAUGAAGAAAAAAUAUUCAAUAAAUUAAAACAAAAGUUAAUAAUAUGUCAGUACAAGUCCAAUGAAGUGCCGUUGUGGAAUACAGGCAAUGAUAUGAUAAUUAAUAAUGACAGUAGUGACUAUGAAUUGUUAAACAAUUGUGAAGAAAAAAUCAAUUUACUCAAGCUUAAUUUGAUGAAUUUAAUUAAUACUUCACCAGUUUGUAGUAUUUACGAGACUGGCAAAGAAAUGUGUGAUCAUAAGUUAAACAGUAUAAGAAAUACAAUUCAACAACGAUUUCUUCUUGUAUGGAAUAAAUUAAAACUUACUGAAAGUGAAAAACAAUCUUGUUUAUUAAAAUUUUGUUGGCAACAUUUAAGUGAUACUAUUUAUAUGGCAAAUAUAAAUAAAGCAUUAAACUUAUUGGAAUAUGCAGCGAAAUAUAUUGAACGUCGUGAAAUGUUAUUACAUAAAUUAGCAAAAAUUGAAAUUGAACAUUUAAUUCAAUCAAAAGAUUAUAGUUUAAAUGAUAAUCAUUUGGAAUUGAAAUGUUCAGAUGAACGUUAUAAAGUUGAUAAGAAAUUUAACAAGUUGGAGAAACUGAUUGAGUCUACUGCUAAACAACUGGAGAAGAAGUUUAAUUAUACUCUGACAUUCAACGGUCAAAUUUAUCUUAAAAAGAUGGUCCAUGAUCGAAGUGAUCUGAUUUAUUUACUGAGAGAAAAGUACAAAAGAUAUAUUUGUGGUUGUACAGUUCAAAGAACAAAUUAUGGAUCACACUAUCAGUUGCAUAGUAAUGUACAAGCGCAAUUAGACGGAUGGAUUGAACUUCGUUGUCCAUUGUCUUUUUUAGGUUGUAAAUAUGCUGUAGUUAAUCUUCGUCCUAAUAGUGAAUAUAAUCAUUUACUGUAUAAUCCAACUCUUGCUACAUUUACAACGCGGUAUGAAUCAGAAACUAAUCAACAUAAUAUACUUACUCAUCAUUCAGAAUUAACAAAUAGUGAAUGUUUUAAUUUUGAUCAGUUGCCUGCAGAACUUUUAAUUUAUUUAUCUUUUUUCUUAGAUGACAUGUCUUUACUUUGUUUAUCUAAAGUUUCUAACCGAUUAUCUACCGUAUAUAAAAUAUUCUUUGUGCAAGGUUAAUUGUCACACCACAAUGGGAUAAAGUUCAUCACAGAUCGUCAGAUUUAUUCUCUUGGCGUAUUACAGGAUUUUUGUGGUCUUUUCCACAUCGUGCUGAAUCUAUCAAAGGAUGGAGAUCUGCACAUGGUGCAUCAGCUAGAUCAAAGAUUUCAGCUCAUUUAACCAGUUGUCAUUAUAACGACAAAACCAUACGUGUAUUUCCAUUUUGUUAUUUGGAAUGAAUAAUGACUUGGAUAACAAAAUAAUAGGUUUAUUAGCAUGGCAUCUUUAACUCUAUCUACUUCCUUACUACCAUAAUAGGUAGUACAAUCGCUCAUUUGUGAAAUAUCUAAAGUAAUACUACACAAUUAUACAUAACCAAACUAGAUUACUUCUAAUCAUUCGAAUGUCUUAUGCUGUCUUCUUUCUGAAAUCGUACUAAAAUAACCAUCAACUAUCCUAUUCACUAUUAAACUCCUUUGGAUAAAUAAGUGAUUCUCUUAAGUACUAUCUACUUUCCAACACACACACAUAGCAUGUCAUUAUUAUGUGAUGAUGAGCAGUAUAAGACUACGUUUUUUGAAAAAUCAUUGACUUAUAGAUGUUUUCAUCGAACUAUUUUUUUGUUUCACUUAUGUUUAAGUUGUAUUACGUACAAUAAAGUACCUGUAUAAAUCCUUGUAUGUAUAUACAUAUUUAUUUGCACGUUUAGAAUGUAAUAUAUCAUUCAUUAUCCAAAGUUAUUUACCUGGAAAUUAAACUUAUUUACUUUUGUAGGAUACUUGAUAGAUAUAAUAUCAUCAACACUAAACGUCAACAUAUACUGACCAGUCUGGUAUUUGCUCCAGUCAUAAGAUUACUUUGUCCUUCAACAAUCCGGUGUUUAUAUCGUCAGUUGUACCUGAGUCAUGUUUGAACUGACCAACAUUCCUGCUACUACUUAUACCCAACCACUGCCUACCGCAAAGGGCGAUUUUUUCUGGUGUAAGAGUAGGCUGGAAGAAUUCUAGGGGUGGUCAGACCAAAAUAUGGCAUCAGUCGAUG